AUGGCCAGAGUGCAGAAGGUAGGGAGGGAGAUACCAGUCUCAGCAUCCGUCGAGCGCUUCGAAGUUGUUGAUGCUGGCAGUGGACACGAUGUCCUCAGCAAAGGCUUAGAUGCAGUGAAGGCAAGGGUCUCACUGGUAAAGACUGGACAGCAUGUGGACUACAUCAUUCGAGUCUUCUUCGAGGGCCAGUCGUGGACCGUGACCAGACGGUACAAUGAGUUCGCAGCUCUUUUCGAUACCUUGAAGAACAAGUUGGCAUCCGUCCCAGCAAUGCCUUCGAAGUCAAUGGUCAGACAGUUUGCGCCAGAAUACCUGGAAGCACGAAAGAAUGGGCUUAGCUCCUUUCUGAGGGAAGUGUGCAGAAGGCGGGAUGCGGUCAAUUGCCGCGAAGUGCAGGAUUUCUUGCUGCUUCGAAACCGCGUUCCCUCCCUGGCGCAGCCCGAUGCAUCUGAACCCGUCCAGUCGGCGGAAGUGCAGGAAGCUUCUUUCGGUUUGUCUCACUUCGAGUACGAUGCAGUUCAAGGUGCCCUUCUUUUGGGCUCUCGUGAUUUUUCCUGGAGUUCUCGAGUGGAUACCAAGAUCACGAAUAUCAAGAUGCCCUGGGAGAAGAAAGCUCCCAACUUACCGAGCUCACAGAUGUCACUGUGGCAGCAAUCUCCUGCCGAGUUGAAGUUCCACAUGAAGGGCAUGAACCGCUUCACAUCAUUGAUAACCUGCGUGCUCAUUGCCAACUGCAGAGACAAGGCCACCUGUCUUGCAGGGCUCAGCGAUGGCACCAUCGGCAUUCUGCCUAUGAAGGCAGAAAUGGGCUCCGGCAGUUCCGGACAGGUCUUGCCUUUGGUCCGGCAUACGGCAGGAGUCGAAGCCAUGGCUUUGGAUGAAACAGAACAGCACCUCUUCUCUGCAAGCAGCGACAAGGCGAUUAUUGUCUUCGACCUGAAGAGGCAGAUGAUCCAGUGCGAGGUUUCAGCUCCAUCUCCCCCGACACAGAUGAUCCAUUGCCAGGAGCAGCGCCGCCUUUUCACUGCGAUGAGGAAUGGGACUGUGGCCGUGUGGGAUACUUCCAUCUUGCCUCUCCAGAGAAUAGCGAUCGUCCCAGACGGUGCUACUCAACUGGGCAAUCCCAUUACGACCAUGGAUUACGAUUCCUCGACAGGGACGCUGUUCACAGGGUCAAAAGAUGGCAUUCAUCUCUGGGCUGUGAAGACCUCCGACAUGGGAGGUUGGGGCAGGAAGCUCGGGCAGAUCACAGAGAUGUCGUCGCCACCGACAGCCCUGGUAUGGGCGGCAUCGUCGAGAGAGAUCAUCGCAGGCUUUGGAAAUGGCGCAGUUGUCGUCUUCGAUCUGGAUCAGGGCGAACCCAGCUAUGCCAUUCAGGCACACUCAGAUGGUGUCACAGCUGCCAAGUGGCUAGAUGCACCUCGACGAUUGCUCACGGCAUCGAAGGACAAGACGCUGAAAAUUUGGGACUUCCCAUCUCUCCAGCGAGCGCCUUUGGAGACCACCUCAUGGGCACCCGCUGUUCACCAGGAGCGCAGCUGGCAGCCCCCCGCCCGGCCGGCCUCGAGCUCCUUCUCAGGGACAGGCGGCGAUCCUUUGCGCUCAGCAAAUUCAGGCUUUGGCGGCUAUGGGCACACAGCCGCUAGUAGCCCUAGCGGCCUUGCCGGUGGCACCUACGCGGCGGAAGCGGCACCAGGCUCCUUCACAGGUGGUGGCUACGCGUCACCUGCUCCUGUUUCGAGCUCGUUUUCAGGCAUGCCUGCUGCGCAGCAACCUGUGGCUCCAAACGUUGUCGGACGGCCCAAGGCCGCGGCAGCGGCCGCCGAGGACUCCGAAGAUGAUCUCGCAGGUUGGGAUUCAUGA